GCAAAGGAAAAAAAAAAUCAGGCCGUCAUGUGACCGGCGGACCACAGUCGCGUGAGUGGGUGUCUUGGUGAAGCCCAGUUGGACGGCGCCAUUUUGCUAGUCGGGUUGCUGCUGCUGGACGCUCCUGCAGAAAGCAGCUGAUAUUACCGUGAUGGCAGAAGGUGAACCGCAGGUGCAGUUCAAGUUGGUACUAGUCGGUGAUGGUGGUACUGGGAAGACAACAUUUGUUAAGAGGCAUUUGACAGGCGAAUUUGAAAAGAAGUAUGUGGCUACAUUGGGCGUAGAAGUUCAUCCUUUGGUAUUCCACACUAAUCGUGGUGCAAUCAAAUUUAACGUUUGGGACACGGCAGGCCAGGAGAAGUUUGGAGGUUUGCGCGAUGGCUAUUACAUUCAAGCUCAGUGUGCCAUCAUCAUGUUUGAUGUGACAUCGCGUGUCACUUACAAAAAUGUCCCCAACUGGCACAGAGACCUCGUCCGCGUCUGUGAGAACAUCCCAAUCGUACUAUGUGGCAACAAAGUAGACAUCAAGGACCGUAAAGUCAAAGCCAAGUCCAUAGUAUUCCAUAGGAAGAAAAAUCUUCAGUACUAUGAUAUUUCUGCAAAGAGCAACUACAAUUUUGAAAAACCAUUUCUUUGGUUAGCCCGCAAACUGAUUGGUGAUCCCAAUUUAGAGUUUGUUGCUAUGCCUGCAUUGGCUCCACCAGAGGUUUCCAUGGACCCAACCCUGGCAGCACAAUAUGAACACGACCUUAAGGUUGCUUCCGAAACUGCUCUACCAGAUGAAGAUGAUGACCUCUAACAAGUCCACGUGUAUCUAGAUAAGGUUUCCCUCGGUGGCGUUCUUGUUUUGUUUUGUAAAGGGGGAAAAAAAAAAAAAAGCCCAAGAAAGCCAAAAGUGCACUCGCAGGGUAAACUGCUUUAAACGUACCUUUUUUGGGAUAAGCGGAUGGAAAGGUUGUGCAAAUGAAAAGAUAACAAUUUUGGACACCUUUUUAAAUCCAUUUGUUUUCAACUUGCGUUUCCAAGGUGUCCCACGGUUAUUAGUUCCUGUGUGUUUUAAGCCGAGCUGUAUCCCAGGUCCCCCGGCAUUUAAGUAUCCUAACACUCGUUCUUUAGGUGUUCAUAGAAGUAGGAUGAGCUCCAAAAGCCUGUCUGACGCCAUCUUUUACAUUCUGAGGCUGGACUCUGUAGUGCAAGUUAUGAUGCAAACGUGUUGCCAAAGACUAAAGUCGUGUCGAAUACAAUCUGUCGCUGUCGCGAAGCACUUCAACUGUUACAGUGUGAAAUGUAUUUUUGAUUUCUGUCAUUUGGACUUUCACACUUUUGGCAAAAAUUCAUAGCCAAGCUGCUCUGGUUUUUUUUUUUUGUAAUUAUUGCUGAAAAUGAAAUGUAUAGUGUUUUGGUGUGUAAAAUAAUAAUAAAAA